AUGAGCGGCGACAAGAUGGAUGUCGAGGCUGCUGAGCAGAAGAUGAACUCUAUGGAGCACAGCGAGCAGCAUUAUUUCAAGAGUUACGAUCACCAUGGCAUCCACGAGGAGAUGUUGAAAGAUGAGGUCCGCACCAAGUCUUAUAUGCAGGCAAUUAUCCAAAACAAGCACAUCUUCAAGGACAAGGUCGUUCUCGAUGUCGGUUGCGGUACCGCCAUUCUUUCCAUGUUCGCUGCUAAGGCUGGCGCCAAGCACGUUAUUGGCGUGGACAUGUCAACCAUUAUUUUCAAGGCCCGCGAGAUCGUCAAGGUCAAUGGCCUCUCCGAUAAGAUCACCCUGAUCCAGGGAAAGAUGGAGGAGGUUGAACUUCCUUUCCCUAAGGUUGAUAUUAUCAUCUCUGAGUGGAUGGGUUAUUUCCUUCUCUACGAGUCCAUGCUGGACACCGUCUUGUACGCCCGUGACCGUUAUCUGGAGAAGGGCGGCUUGAUCUUCCCCGACAAGGCCUCCAUCUAUUUCGCCGGAAUUGAGGAUGGCGACUACAAGGACGAGAAGAUUGGAUUUUGGGACAACGUCUAUGGUUUCGACUACUCCCCUCUGAAAGAGACUGCUCUGUCCGAGCCUCUGGUCGACACUGUCGAGGUCAAGACUGUUGUCACCGACCCAAUCUCUGUCUUGAACCUGGACCUCAACACUUGCACCACUGCUGACCUGGCAUUCACUUCCAACUUCAAGCUUUCCGUCAAGCGUGACGACUACAUCCACGCCCUGGUUUCCUGGUUUGAUAUUGACUUCGCUGCUUGCCACAAGCCCAUCCGCUUCUCUACUGGUCCCCACACCAAGUACACCCACUGGAAGCAGACUGUUUUCUACCUGAAGGAUGUCCUCACCGUCCAGCAGGGCGAGGAGGUCGACUGCAUCCUGCGCGUCAAACCCAACUCUAAGAACCGCCGUGAUCUUGAUAUUGAGAUUGACUACAACUUCGAGAGCGAGGAUCAAAACCGCUCCUCCCAGGGCCAGAGCGUAUACAGGAUGUGCUAA